UGUGCCUAACCACCACUCCACCCAUUCCGCGCUCCGCCCAGCGCGACCAGUUCAGCAUCCCAAGCCUGUGCCGUUGCCCACGAGGCCCCAGCCUCGCAAAGCCCGCUGCCCAAUGGCGACGCAAGUGCGUGGUGAUGGUGCGGGUCGCCUUCACACUUCCCCCGGCCCUGCGCUGCACGGGCUGCGCGCCGCGGGGCUAGGGGGGGGGCAGAUCCCCAACGGCGUAUUGGCUGCUUGUACCGAGAUGGGCGACUGUUUUCUCCUCAGCCCUGUGUGCUGGCUCUUACACACUAGGCAUCGGAUGCGGGACUCCUCCCGAGCACUGUGUGUGCCGUCCAACGUCCAGCGCGUGCAGGGCCGCCCAGCCAAGGGCGCGUGCCGGCAUGUGCUGGCGGUAGAGAUUUCCGCCCAUGGACCUUGUCUACUCUCUGCCGCUGCGCUGUGCCAAGUGGACCUAGAGCAGAGACCAAGAUUGCAUUUGGGGAAUGCCGUGCGAUCGGGCUUCUGCUGUUCGUGCAGGGGUCUCCAGCCAAGAAGUCCUAGCCAAGAGGAUGGCUUGAGUCUUGAGGCUGGCUGUCACGUCCAUCCAUAAGAAGACCCCCUUCCCCCGGGCGCUUGGGGACAGACCAGGCAGUAAACGGUUACGACAAGGCAGACAGAUUCUACUGUUUCCACUGACUGGUAAGA